GGAUGGGGGCGGCCGGCGGCGCGGGCAGCUGAGCGGCGCGCAGCGUCCUGGGCCUCCCCGUCCCGCCCGGCCGUGGCCGCCAUCCCCGCCACCAUGAACCGCCUCGGCUCCGGACCCGUGGGCAGCGCCGCCGCCGCUGCCGCCGCCGCCGGGCAGUACCGGGUGUGCGGCAAUUGCCGGAAGGUGCCGAGACAGGAAAAGAGAGUACAAGUCUCCCCACCGUUGACAAGAGGACCAAGUGCCUUUAUACCAGAGAAUGAAGUUAUGCAAGCAAACGGUUUGGAUGAACGUACGAAUCUUCUUGUGGAAGAAUAUUCUACGUCUGGUCGGCUGGACAACAUCACCCAGGUGAUGAGUAUCCACACUCAGUACCUGGAGUCCUUCCUCCGCAGCCAGUUCUACAUGCUGCGCAUGGAUGGGCCCCUGCCUCUGCCCUACAGGCACUACAUCGCCAUCAUGGCUGCUGCCAGACAUCAGUGUUCCUACCUAAUAAAUAUGCACGUUGAUGAGUUUCUGAAGACUGGCGGGAUUGCAGAGUGGUUGAAUGGUUUAGAAUACAUUCCCCAAAGACUGAAAAACCUGAAUGAAAUAAACAAACUGCUUGCACACCGGCCCUGGCUGAUCACGAAAGAGCACAUCCAGAAACUUGUCAAGACUGGGGAAAAUAAUUGGUCUCUUCCUGAACUGGUGCAUGCUGUUGUCCUGUUGGCACAUUAUCAUGCCUUGGCAAGUUUUGUAUUUGGUAGUGGCAUUAAUCCAGAGAGAGAUCCGGAUACAUCUAAUGGAGUCAGACUUAUAGCAGUCAACAGCUUCUGUGUCUGUGAUCUUGCCAAUGACAACAACAUAGAAAAUGCAUCCCUCACAAGUAGCAACUUCGGGAUUGCAGAUUCUUUAAGUGAGCUGGAGGCCCUGAUGGAAAGGAUGAAGAGACUACAAGAAGAUAAAGAGGAUGAGGAAGCCUCUCAGGAAGAAAUGGCAACUCGCUUUGAGAAGGAGAAGAAAGAGAGUCUGCUAGUAAUUAGUGGAGCAUUUGAUGAUGAAAUAGUUUCUACAGAUGUCUCCCGUUAUGUUGAAGAUCCUGGGUUUGGGUACAAAGACUUUGCAAGGCGAGGAGAAGACCAUCUGCCAACAUUCAGAGCUCAGGACUAUACUUGGGAAAAUCAUGGCUUUUCCCUUGUAAACAGGCUUUAUUCUGAUAUUGGGCAUCUCCUGGAUGAGAAGUUUCGGAUGGUAUAUAACCUCACAUAUAACACUAUGGCAACACAUGAAGAUGUUGAUACAACUACUCUAAGAAGAGCUUUAUUUAACUAUGUCCACUGUAUGUAUGGAAUCAGGUAUGAUGACUAUGAUUAUGGGGAAGUUAAUCAGCUACUUGAACGCAGCCUGAAGGUUUACAUAAAGACAGUGACCUGCUACCCAGAGAGAACUACCAAGCGCAUGUACGACAGCUACUGGCGUCAGUUCAAGCACUCGGAGAAGGUUCACGUCAAUCUGCUUCUGAUGGAAGCUCGGAUGCAAGCCGAACUCCUGUACGCCCUUCGUGCCAUAACUCGUCACUUAACCUGAAGCACUCGCUGGCCAGGAGUACCGGGGCUUUCACUGAGUAUGUAAAGACCUUUGGAAAUAGAUACACACCAGAAGCUGUUUGUGAUGUAGCAUCAGGUUAUUCAAUUCUCUAGUGUCAAAGUUUAGCCGUGCUUCUCGGCGGCUGUAAUGUGCAAUGACGUGUUUUAUUUUCUUGAUGCUUAACAUUACUAAUGAUAACAAAAGUAACACUGAGGAGCGCUACUCUGCAUUGUUCCCGGCUGGAUUUCUGCACAGCCGUCAGGAUCCUGAACCUGGUUUUAUUGUAUCCAAUCCUAGCGCUUUGUUCUUUCAGCACUGCAGUGAAGUGCUUAGAGACUUCUUUUUCCAAGCAAUCAUUUUUCAGAUGAGUGGAGUCCAGCAGAGGAUCAGUUCUGCCUGUCCCGAGAACGUCCCACCACGUCGUGACUGGCGGCAGAGACGCUGCAUCAACUUGCCCACUGGAUUCUCCUGUGUGUUCUGGAGGCUGCUGCAGUCACUGUCUUACUACAGCAAUUGGAGGUGAUGCAAGAUGUGGAUGCAAACAUCGAGCACGCUUUAAUGUGAAAUUAAUCUUGAUAAAUCCUACAGCAUGCUACUGAAGUGCAAAAUUCAUCUGCUCUGUCGUGCCCCUUCACAAAGAGAAGAGGCCUCACGAUUUGCCAUUUCAGCCACACUUACUGUGUUCCAAUCAUUCAUAGUCUUGUUUUACUGACAGUCACCCUCAGUUGUCCUGACAAUAUCCAUGCUCAUCACGUGUUGCAAUUUGUUUAGUUGGCACCUAUAAAAUUAAUACACAGGCUGACCAAAAAUAGGGUUGUGGGGUUUUUUGCACUCUCUUCUUUAUCAAUGUUUUAACUGAGGAAAGUAAAGGAAGGCUAGUAUAUCUAUUCUUUCAUAUUGGAUGUAUAGAAAUUAUUUCCCGUAACUUUUUCAUAGCAUGAAAUUGUAAUAUUCAAAGUUUUAAAAGUUUCUAUGCAUUAGUGUGAGUGAACAAAAGAAAAGUGCAAUAUCUAAAAAGAAAGCAAGCUUUUUUCCCUGACAUGCCACUGCUAAAGUGUCCUUCUUAUAUAGCCAUAAAGAAAUUUUAAAACCAAAUUUCUUUAUUGUCUAAGGCCUAGCAGUUUUGUUUUAGCUUUUACGGCUUAAGACAACCUGAUACCGAGAUGCCAAAGCAUCCCCAAAACAAAGCAUAUUUGGACAACCAGGAAUCUUGGGGAAGGGAAGAAAUAAGCUGCCAAAAAUGUCACACUUUUGUGCUGUUUUCUGUUGCUUUUGACUAAUUUUUGAGAGCACAAAAUGUUGAUAUUUAUAGCUUUAUUUUGUAUUGCAUUUAAUGAACCAGUGAAGUGCCUAAAGAGAUGCUUAAACUUACCCAGUAGAAUACAAGUUAACUGCUUCAACUUUUGUCUGUUGGUUUGGACUUUUCAUGUUUCUUUUGAGGAGGGUGACCUUUAUUUCUGUGGUAUGCAUUCAAAACUAACUGGACAGGUUUAUUUUUAAUGUUCUGUUGGAUUGUAGAAGUUAAUGCAGGACUUUUUUUUCAUUAGUGAUUGCAGAAUAGUUAGAAAAAAAUACUACCAGUCAUAUUUUGACACUUUUCAUUUACAAAACCAUGGACCAGUACUUUACUAAAGUUAGUUUUCUCUUUUCUUACCUUUUCCUGAUCCUUGCUUUGACUUUGCAUGUUGGUUUUUCUGCUUUAUCUGUCCGUUCCAGAUUGGAAAGCCCAAUGAUUGUACACUUUUCUGCACUUUUAGACUGCAGACUCUGCAUGUGAAGACAUUUUGAGGAAAAAAUCAGUAAUUAUUUUUUUAAAUGUCACAUUGGCUCUUUAGAAAACUACCCAACAGACAGCACUGGUCUGUCUUCUAAAGAGCAUUGGGUAGAACAUCAGAUUUAUUUAUCUUGUAUUGCUAACUGCAAGAUUUCUCAGAAAUGCUGAGAUGCUCAUAUGUGUGAACUUAGAUUUGCUUUCUAAAUUGUUAUGAUCCUUUUCCCCCCCUCUUGUGAUUGUAGUGGCCAGACCUAAUGGCUUCUGCUGAGAGAAGUCUUCAUGCAAUACUUUUGUUUUUUUCAAGUGAUGGUUACUGUUCAGUACUACUUUAAAUUUCUUUGCAUUGAAAAGUCAAGUAGUUCUCAAGAAGCACAGUUGAGCUCUGGAAAGGAGGUGAAACUAGAUUUGGGUAACUAAUAUGAUGGCUUCAUUUCCCCUCAGAAAUGCAAAGAUUUCUGGAGUAGGUUGAGUUUUACAUUUGGAAACAUGCGUGCCUUUACUUCUUUCCUUAUGAAAUAUACUUGCCAGCUCAAAUGCCUUUGUGAGCAAAGUACAUGAGCAGAUUUGGAAUACAGAAACCAUAAAUGGAUUGCUUCAUAAAACUUGUAGUAAACCAGUGUUUUGUUUUGGAUUUUUUAAUGCCAUAUCAAGUUCCAUAUGGCCUGCAAGACAUUCCAUCAUAGGAAAUGUCAUUGUACAACUAGUUUGCUAUUUCUCUUUUUUUUUUUUUUCUUUAAUAUUAAAUGCAAACUUGAAACAUCUGGAAAUGUUUUCCACGUGGCAUUUUUUUUCAAAGCAUUGCAUUUACAGUGCAACAAUUUAUAGCCUAGUUUUUAUACACAAAUUUGGGAUUUUUAAUAGAUGUUUGUUCAGAACAAGUUUGUUCAGACAACGCUACCAUACACUUUAUGUGUGUGUGCUUUAGGUUCACACUGUGCCAACUUUUAAUGUGCAAAUGUUCUUGAUUUUUUUUUGCAUUUUUAAAGCACUCAUGAAUGUGAAUCUUCACACCUUGUUCAUUUAUAUUUUUCUUAAUAGUACCAUAAUAACUGGAAGUGUAGAUCCUCCCCCUCUGUGAUCCUUCAUUGGAAUUGGUAAUUACCAGCAUUCAUGUUAGUCUACAAAAUCCCAGCCGUGACCAACAUAAAAACAAAGUGUACAGUCUCCUGUCUGCUGGAGAGAAAGCUUGAUAGGUACAAAUUAACCAGCUAGCACAGAACACUGUGAGUAGGGAACAGAGCUUUUGAGCAUGAACAGCUUCUUAUCAUUGCAGAGUCACUUAAAAUGUGUGUUGCUGUAGAGUAUGUCCUUGCUGAGAUUGCUCUAUUUUUUUUUUGGUAAUGAAGAGAAGUGAAAAAGGUGCCAACUGGAGAAAGCAUUUGCAUUUCCCAGAACACUCUACCCAUAGCUGAACUUCAUGAGAGUAUCAUCACACAAGAACAGAAAUAAUUGUUAAAACAGAUAUAAUAAUUUUAAAUUUGGGUGCAGUUUGUGCAGAUAGCUACUACAGCUAAUGCUGUCAUGUCCUAUGAGAAUUUUGGUGAGCUGUAGAUGAAUUUUUUUCAUUAAGGCUGAAUUGAAACAUAUAUCCUUUGUCCUAAAGCCUUCAUUAAAAUGAAAAUCACAGAAUCACAGAAUUUGCUGAGUUGGAAGAGGCCCAUGAGAAUCAUUGAGUCCAGCUCCUGGCCCUGCACAGCACAAGCCCAAGAGUCACACCGUGUGCCUGAGAGCAUUGUCCAAAUGCUUCUUCAACCCUGUCAGGCUUCCCUGGGGAGCCUGUUCCAGUAUCCAACCACCCUCUAGGGAAGAAAAUUUUCCUAAUAUCCAACCUAAACCUCCUCUGAACGGCUCCAGGCCAUUCCCUGUCACUGGUCCCCAGAGAGAAGAGAUCAGUGCCUGCCCCUCCUCUUCCCUCCUAAGGAAGCUGUAACUGCAGUGAGGUCUGCUCUAUAAAUUUAGAACAGAUCAGAAGAGAACAAAGAGGAAAACAUUUUGUUGCUCUAGUACUUGAAUGCAGAAAGUCAAAGCACCAGAUUCUUCAAGUGUAUCUUUGUUUGUAGUGAUACUGAUAUUUUCAUGGGAUUUGGGAAAAGCAGCUAGCUGCCUAAAUUUCAAUGGGGAUUUAAGCACCCAGGCACUCAGGAAAAUCCUAGAAGAUGCCCACUUGAAUGUUUGAGUCAGAUUUUUAAAUAAAUUGAGUCACCUAAAUAAAAUAGAAUUAAAUUAAUUUCCAUGGAGACUAAAGGAAUAAUAUGUACCCGGUCCGUGUGAUUUGCAGUGUUUUUUAAUGAAAUGAGUUGUUUUGGGGACUUCAUGUAGACUUAGAGAAAUCUCUUCUAAAGCAGUUAAACAGUAAGCCACUGCUCUUGCAGAACAGGUUCUCACUGUUUCUCAUGCAUGUGUGUUUUCCAUGAACAUAGGCAUGCAUUUCAGGCUCAUGAUCCAGAAUUUGGACUACCUUUCAGAAGAGCUGGGUUGUUUAACCUCUGCUUGCAGAAAACAUUCAUUGGUGGUAGUAAGUGGAUGUCGUGUGCCUGAACUAAAAAUGUUUGGCUCAAAAGAAAUACUCAGAUUUUCUUAAUCUCAAGUGAUGUUCUUUCAGUUACUUUCUGUAGAUGUUUGUAUCCUCCCAUAAAUAAGGGGUGAUGUUGCACAAAACAAAGGAAGAGGAGAGUGGAUUCAUUGUAAAUGAACUUUCCCAGAGUGGAUCUGACUAUAAAGCUGUAAGAAUUAGUUGCUGUUAGCAAUCAUUCCAAGUUUUCAUUGCCUGAACUUCAGGUUUACUGUUCCUCAUGUCCCCCAGCACUAUGUAGGUCUAAAGCAUCCACCAGCUUUCCUAUAUUUGGGAAUUGUAAAUGAAAAAUUUUAUCUCCAAAUGAAAAUUAAUAUAGUAUCUCAUACCUACUACAUAGAUUACAGGUGUGAGAGAUGGAGAGAGCACAGUAGUAUGAGGAAACUUCAGGAGCAUCUUGAUCAGUGUUAAUUUAUUCCGUAGAGCACAUUUCCUGGCAGGUGGUCGUGCUGCUGCUCCCCCAAUAUGCAUCAGGUCUCUCUUGCAUAUAUUUAAUAAUUUGCUGCUCAUCAGGGGAAAAAUUGUCAUUUUCCAACCUGCCACCACCCCUGUCCUGCAUCAAGUGCUUCCUGUCUUCCCAAUUCCCAACCCUGAGCAGCCUCCCAGCUGCAGGGACAACCUCCCAGCCUUAACCUUGAAAACAAGGUUCCUCUAUCACUGCUUGUUGUUAAGUGCAGAGGCUCUUUCUCACAUUUAGAAACACUUAAUUGCCGUAGUAGAUUAUUUCUGGACAGGAAAAUGCUAAAUGUGGUUCAAAAGGAUGAAACUCAGUAUUUGCUUAAUAGUGUGUCAAAGCCUGUCUCUGGAGUUACAGUAAAAAUCCAGUGGAUCCACUGAGGAAAAGCUUCUUUGGUGAAACACCCCAUGCUGGAGCUAUCCAGCUGUGCAGGUUUCUCAGAGGGACAACUGACAGGGAAUUUGAGGUCCCCUUCUGCCAGGCAGCCUUACAGGGCCAUCAGGCUGGCAGCCCCUCGGGUGCCUUGAAGCCAGGCAGAGUGCAUCCAGCCUCUGGAACAAGUGGAUUUGGGUUUUUCCCUUAUCUAUGGGGAAAAAUCCACUGCAUCUUGUGGAGUAGCUGCUGCUGGAUGUUCCUAGGGUACUGAGUAUCACCAGGGCUUGUGGAAAAUAGAAACCUUUUUCCUGAGAGUAGUUAGAGGUACUGGAGAUGCCAGUUGUUACAGUAAUUGUGGUACCAGGAGGCACAGACCACAGGGGCUCCCCAGGGGACAGGGUCAGCGCAGGAGGAGCUGAGGUGUUGGUCAGCUGAAGAAACUUCACUGAUGUGUCUGAGAGGUUCUUUUGUGUGCCUGUGCAUAGGAGUGGGGGUGGAGGAUGCCUCCUUCCAAGGUGUAGAGAGGGCUUCCUUGGAAACAGAGCUGGGACCCUUUCCUUACUCCAGAGAUGGAGCAGGGGAAGGGAACCGUUCUGCCCAAGAAAAACUUGCUGCUGUUGAAUUGCAUUUUCUGGUCCCCAUCAGCCCUUUGAAGGGAGUUUUGAGGCAAAAUGGGUCAAUCACUGAGUACUGUGUCUCCAGCUGAGGAUCCUGGAGGGCAGCAACAGCAACAGCUCCAAACACCGACAGUCCAAACCUGUGUCUCAUUCCUCACCUCAUGCUCAUGCCGUGCCACCAGACCCAAUCCUCUUUCCUCCAGCCCAGCUGCCACAUGCCCAGGUGGCUGCAGGAGUAGCCCACUCAUGGUGGUGGGUGAUGUGGCCACUUUUCAGGGGAAAAUAAUAAUAUUUAGGCUACAGCCCUUGGACUCUGCAAGGCAGUGCAGUCAGAGGUCUUUUCACGACUGUGACCAGAACUGGAUAUGAACUGUAGCUUAAAAAAAUAGGAAUUUUGUAAACUUGAAAUCUCUCGGUUUUACCCUUUUCUCCUUUUGCUGGAAAGCCACAUGAUGAAUGUAUAUGCUUUAUCUUUCUAGCCAACAUAACUGAAAAUCAGACUGCCAACUCCUUGGUUUGUAUUAGCCUUUUUUUAAAAAAAAGAAAAGUUUGUGAGCAAUAUAUGUAGCAUGCUGUGAACGUCUGUUUUGAUCUUUAUAGUUACUCUUUAAUCCAUCAGUAUUAACACCAGUUCUUUUUUGUGUUCCCCUUGGUACUUUGUAUGCAGUGUAAGCAGAAGCUGUGAUCGGCUUUGCAGUCCUGUGCCAUGUUACUGUAACUCGUUGAUUUUUUAGGAAGCACCUGACUGUGGGCCACCCUGGGGCAGGUACGUGCCCGUACACGACUGCCACUUUUCGGUCUCUUGUACUAUGUAUAGUUCUAAGUAGAAUAAGCUUUUUAACAGAAUAUUGAUGCAGUUUAUGAGUCACGCAGGCUGCAAGUGUCUGGUGUGUGAGAGUCUUUGUAUUUAUAGUUGUUGGGGUUUGGUUUUUUGUUUUCUUGUUUUGUUUUGGUUUUUUUUUUUUUUUAAUUCAUAAAGUAGCAAACUUGAUAAACAUAGCCACUUUAAACUGCUCUUGCUAAACAGACCCUGCUGUAGAUAAGAUACCACUGUAGAUACAGGGAGAAGCACCAGCCACCCUCUCUGGGCUGUGGCUGAGCUGAGCCCCUGUCUGCACAGAGCACGGUCCGAGCCACACGGCCACCCUGUGCCCACACAGAGACCCAAAGGGAGCAAAGGCUGGGCCUGGCAUCUAUUUCAGCCCCUGUGCCCCCUGUCAGCCUGCUGCUGGCCACCCACACUCUGCUCACCAAUGCACAGGGCAAGCCAGAGCUCGCUGGCAUGAGAGGGACGGACAGACCAGCUGCUGCACCACAAACAUGGUCACGGCACUUGUGCAGCAAAAAGCUUCCAAGCCUCCCUCGAGUGCAGGAUUUAGCCCUUGAUUUGCUGAGUGCAGAGCCUGGCACAUGGGGGUGAGAAGCAGCAUUGGCUCCCUGUUGGCAGCCGUGGGUCUGAGCCCCUUGGCUGGCAGCAGGCAGGGCAGCACCCUGCCCAGAGAGAGGUUUCAUUGCAGCUCCCACCUCUGACCCUCUGGACAGGGGGUGAAUUGUACCCAGCCCAGCCCAGCAGCUCUCAGCUUCUCGCCUCCUUGUGCUACGGCCAUGCAGGUGUUUUGGGACAAAGCUCUGAUACUGUACCUCCCUCCCACCACCAGGAAGUGUGGUAGCUCUGUGGGUGCCCAGUCCCUACAGCAUCCUGUGGGCAGGUGGCACGUCUCCUGUGCUGCCUCCCAGGUCACACCUGUCCUGAGCUCUGGAGAUAGGCCAUGGGCUCCAUGCUUUCACAGGAGGUUUGCCUGCAAGGGGAGGCAGCUGCUAGGAGCUCACUGUGGGUUCCCACAGCAGCUUUUAUCAUUUCUUUCCUAUUGUUGCUGGUUGGGUUUGUUGUUUUGUUUUGUUUUUUUUUGAAAGGACAGACUGACCUAGUGGGAUGGAAUAUUUUGUGUGUGACUUUUGUUAGUUUUUAAGUUACCCGACUUGAAUUUAUCUGAACAGAUGCAGAAGGAACUUUCUUUUUUUGUGAGUUAAGAGACAAAAACGCAUUUUUAAACAAAGGAAUCAUGUAUUAACAUUUUAACAGCAAUUCAUAAAUCUGCACUUUUUAUGAGGUUUUGAAAAAUCUAUUUAUAGGUACGGAACAAUGGGGUUUGUUUAAAAACUGUAUCGCAUUUAUACUUGCUGAAAUUACUUUCAUUGUUAUCAGUAGGAAUUUCAUUGGUUAAAUAAAAUGGAUAAAACCUGA